ACCAGCAGCUGGAAGAAGAGAACAACAACUUAACAGCAAGAAUACAAGAGCUCGGGAAUCCAUGGAACCAGAACAUCAGUCAAGCUCAGAUGAGCGUUGAUCUCUACUGCCCCAUAAGAAACGGUCAAAGAAAGUGUAAUCCCUGUCUGGAUCAAUGGGCAGCCAAACCACCCAACUGCUAUGCGGUUAAUAACGGUGUGGCUCCUAAUCUGAGAACCUGGGACAGUGCUCAAGAACGUUGCAAAGAAAUCAAUUCAAAUUUGGUUGUCAUAGCUAAUGACCAGGAGAAGACAUCUGUUGAUGAAGCGAUUUGGCCUGACCUACCAGAUAAAACAUUCUGGAUCGGCCUGAGA